AAUUUAUUUGGCACAUCUUGUUUACUUCCGGUUUCGGGACAGCUGUGGUCAUCAGAAACAAACAGCAUAAACAUGUCUUCAUUUACAGAUAGCAACUUCGUAAAGAAAUUAAGCGAACUGAACAACACACAGCAGAGUAUUCAGACUUUAUCUUUAUGGCUGAUUCACCACAGAAAACAUUCAAAAACCAUAACCCAAGUAUGGCUGAGAGAACUGCAAAAAGUCCGUCCUUCAAUGAGAUUGAUAUAUAUGUACCUAGCUAAUGAUGUAAUACAGAACAGUAAGAAGAAAGGACCUGAAUUUACCAGAGAUUUUGCUACUGUAAUGACAGAUGCUUUUGCUUCAGCUACAAAAGAUGCUGAGGAAAAGGUGAAGAAAUCAGUGGAUAGAAUAUUAAAUAUAUGGCAGGAACGAGGUGUUUAUAGUAAAAACACAAUAGACAAAAUCAAAAGUGGAACAGCCCUUCAAGACAUUACAGAGAGAAGGAAGAAAAAGAUUGAAGAAUAUAUACCUACCUAUAAAAAAGCUAUAUCAGAUAUAGCUGCUGAAAUAAACUUAAAAAGAGGAAGAGACAAGAAAAAAGUAGAGGAAUAUGUACCUGUCAAUAAGGUCAAAGACCCACAGCCAGUUGAAGCAGCACCUCCUAAUAAGAAAAAGAAGAAAGAAGAAAUGUUGUCAUUGAGGGAAGAAAUAGAGCUUAUGUCAAAAGAUGAUACAAGUGGCCCACCAGAUGCAGAAGAAUUAGUGAAACGUUUAUCAGACCUUGAGCAUUCAGCGUCUAGUGAUGCUGCUGUAAGAGAGAAGAUUGCUGCUCUUCCACCUGAAGUGUCUGAUGUUAACCACCUUGCCAAAAUUCAUGACAAAGAAUCUGGUGUGAUAUUGUCAAGAAAAGUAGAAGAUGCAUGUAUAUUGUUGUCUGAAUAUAAUUUUCGAUUAAAUGCAGAGUUAGAAGAAAGGAAAAUGGUUGGGAAAAUGUUAAAAGAUUUUAUAGCUUGCCAAAAAGAACAAUUAAUGUCUGCAGAGAAAAAAAUAGAGGAAUACAAGAAACGAUUAGAUAAAGUGACUGAAGUCCGAGGAGAAUUGGAAUCUCACAUAAAAAAUUUACCUGAUUUUGAUCUUUUACCUCGUUUAACUGGUGGUCUUGCACCAUUGCCUUCAGCUGGUGAUCUUUUCAACAUGCAAGAUGGUAGACAUUGACACAGUAUUAGGGUUUGGAUAAAAAUGGCUCCGUAUAUAAAGAAGGCAUUCCUGUUAGUACAGAUGAAGUGACUAGUCAGUAAAUGUGCAGAUAUUGUCUUAUUCCAUCAUCAUCCUCCAUCUAUCACCGUGAUGAGUGCUCCUAUUUAUAUGUUUCAAAUGAAUGGUCAUCUCUGUUCUGAAACUAGUAGUGCUGUGUAAUACUUAAAAUGUUGUUAUAAAAAAUUAUUUCUGUAAUUAUUUCAGAUUGUAUAAAUCUUACUGGUAUUCCUGGUAAUGAUCACAUGUCAACUUUUGCAAAGUUGUCUGUCAUCCAUUCUUUUAAAAAAUGCUUUGAAAUUGAUGGACCAUUUUGGAGCUUUUUGUAUGAUCCUAAUAGCAGUUUUGUGCUCUCCAGCAUAAAAGUGCUAUCAGAAUGCUAUUUAAUAGCAUUUUUAUGCUGGCCCUGGAGAGGGAAUUAAGUGUUACCCUUGUCCAUUCCUACCUACAUUCUUCCUUAAAUUGGUCAUUCUUUUACAAUGUUGUGGAUCCUAUACACAAUGCUAACUAUGAAAAAAUGGAGAUGAAAAUCGAAUUUGGGUAACUUCACUUUUACCGUUCUAGUGUAACGCCCCUUUAUAACAUUAUUUGCAAGCAGGGGAAUCAUCUGUAUCCCAUGGAAACAUUCUCCAUUUAUUAAUUUAAAAAACCUUCCUGUAGACUUCUUGUCAGCCAAGUGCUUAAUGGGUGUCAACAUGACAACAAAUUUUUCCCUCAAAUUCUAUAAAUGUGAUGUCAUGGAGAAUUAUUUUUUGAACUAAUUUAGCAAUUUAUUGUGGGCAUUUUAAUCUGAGUCUCAGAGUUACCAAAUGCAUUUCUCCUCAUUUGGUCACCCAAUCGCAAAGUUAAUUAAAUUGAAAGAAAGAUGGAUUUUUUUAACUCAGAUGAUAGUGGACAUUGUAUUAAAACUGUAGUAUAUUAAGAUUACCCUAUAGGCAUUGCAUAAUAACUCCAGUAUGGAUGAUAGAUUGGGAUACAAGCUCCUUAAGUUUUUUAUUUGUAGUCGUUUAAAAUUUGGGUUUUUGGUAAAUUUUUAAAGAAAAAAAAAUCAAAUCUUCUUAAAAUUGCAUAUAGCACACGUACACAAUAUAAUUAGUUAUAGUAAAAGUCAACUUUGUGAUUUAUUUUGUUUGUUGUGGAUUUGUCCAAUUAUAAAAAGAAAUUUGAUUAAAAGGCAAUUUUUGCCUGAGUUAGAUUUAGAUAUUAGUUUAACUAUAAACACAGAGAUUUUGAAAAAGAAUUUUAGAGCAUUUGAUUAUAAUGAAGACGCAUUGACUGCACUUAUAUUCUUGGACAUUUACACUUGAACAUUUAGAUUUGGACAUUUAGACUUGGACAUUUAGACUUAGACAUAACAAAACACCUAAAUGAGGUAGUAUUGUUUAUAUAUAAUUCAUUAUACAACCAAGUGUAAAUUCUUAGAUUACAUUGAUACUGGUGAAAUGUUUAAAUAACUGUGGAUUCGUUUAGAUCUGUGAGUACCGACUUUAAAAAAAAGGGGGGGAUUCAGGAAAACUGUAUUUCCAUGAAUAUUUGAUUUUGUGGUUCUGCUAAAGUCAGCCUAUAAGCCUAUAGAAAUUUGUAUUUAGUUGAACAAUUAAAAUCCUGGUCUACAAAUUGGUACCCCACAGAUAAUAAUGAAUCCACAGUAAACCAUAAUGCCUUGUAGUAUGAAAGUUGAAGACAGAAUGGCAGUAUAUUUUUAUGAGAGAGAAGAAUGUUUGUUUUUUAUUUUGUUAGUUUUACAAGAAAACAUGUAUUUGUUAUUACAUCAAUAUUAAUGUGUAGAGAUUUCUAUGCAUCCUUUUAUAUUUUGUAGUUUGUAUUGUUCUACCCAUAGUUUGAAAAAUUUCAAAUUUUUCAAAAAUAUUUUCAUUCACAAAAGAAAUACAUUUGUAAAAUAAACUCUUAUCUGUGUAACAAAAGCACAAGGUGACUUUAAAGGUUUUGUUGUAUAUUCUACUACUGUGAAAGUAAUUUAAUUCGUGGGUAUCAAUUUUUGUGGUUUGAGCAAUAUUUACAUGUUUGUGGGUUUUUAAGUUCGUGGAUUUUAGUUUUCUAAAACAAAAUAAAAAAUUAAAGCCUUUAGAAACGAAGGUUACAAAUAGUCUGGAUUGAAGGAAUUUGCAAAGUAAACAUUGACCCGUGUAAAUCGUAGUGACAACACUAAUUAACCCAAGUCUGGAUUGAAGGAAUUUGCAAAGUAAACAUUGACCCGUGUAAAUCGUAGUGACAACACUAAUUAACCCAAGAUAAAGUGAUCAACAGAUUAAGGACCAUCAAAGGUGUUAAUUAGACCAUAAAUAUGUCACCUAAAGAAAUCAGUAUCUUAAAUUGUAAAAUAAUUCUAAUCAAAAUCAAGCCCAGCAUGAAAUUAUUAUUUCCCAUAUGUACGAAAACUAUGAGGAUAUAAAAUGAACACUUUAUCAUACUAGCAUAUCAAUACCAGAAAUCUGACUUUCAUAAAUAAAAAAUAUUUUUAUGAAAAUUAAAAGAUCAAAAGUUGUACAGUUUAGGUUAAUAAAGAUUAAAUGGGUAUACUUUCUGCAUGCAGUUGUAGUGCUGUGACUGCUAUUAAAGUAUUCUCAGAUUCGAGGUUAUUCAAUAUAUUCUCUAGAUCAUAUCAGUAGUCAAACCUUCAUGGGGAUCUUUCCGUGUCUUGAUUUGAACAAUGGUUGUUUUAUUUCGUUAGACACUUAAAUUUGUGGAUAAAGUCAUCCACGAAAAUUGGUACCCCACAAAUAAAAGUACUUUCACAGUAUUAUUGAUCACAUUUUCCAAAAUUAUUUAAUUCGAUUUGUGAAAAAAUGUCAGUCUUUGUAACAAAACAUCAAACUGUUUACUGAGUAACAGAUUUAAUGCUAAAUUAUACAAUGGCGGAAAAUGUUUGAUUUUUUUAUAUGGCUCAUUCUUGGUUGUUAAUAAUCUUUCCUCAUAAACACCAAGCUCUGUACGCAAGAAAUGUUGUCUUCUCGAGAGAGCAUUGAAAUUGUCAAACAAUGGAGAAGAAAUAAUUGCAUAGGUUGAAAAAAAAAUGUUCAAUUGAUUUGAAGUUUGUUUGUUGAUGCAUAAAGUAAAUUGGUAAUUGAAAGUACCUAUAAAUAGAAUAUUCAAAUUCAAAAUUUUAUCACAAAACUUUUUUGUAACAAUACAUUUUACCUGAUUUAUACUGAUUAUAAGUACAUGUAUUAUUUUAGUUUGCUAAGAUGAUUAAAAAGAAGAUUUUUGCAUCAAUAAGUCAUGUUGUUAAUGUUCUACUGAUAUUUUUGUUGCUUUGGCUCUUUAUGGGUUAAUGGUAGCCCUUAAGUUUUUUUGAAAAUGAAUUUAUUAUUUUUCUGUAAUCAGUAGGAAUUUUUAAGCAUUGUGUACUUUCAACUGUGCUAAUUUUGUAUUUUAAAAAGGUCUGUUCACUGUAGUAUAAAAACACAUUUUCAAGGUUUACUUUACUCAAAAUAGACUUUUAAAAACAUAAAAAAACGAAUUAAAAAAAAAUGAUCCCCAAAAUAUGAGAUAUGGAGUACUUAUAGUUAGAAUAUGUCACACAAUUUCGCGUCUUGAUAAGAUUUUGACUUUAUUUUCUGAUUUAAGGUAGUAGUUUGAGGUGUAGUACUGUGGAUUAUUUUUGAUUUCCUGGAUGGAUAUUUGAUGUUCUGGUUUUGCAAAAGUCUGCAUAGAAGCCCAUAGAACAUUUGUACUUCUUUGAUCUUUAAAUUUGUGGCUCACCUUUCCCCAAAUUGGUAUCCCAUAAACUAUAAUGAAUCCACGGUAUGACAUCAUAAAGAUAAUCAUAGGUAUGUCAGUUUUAAUGCAAGGAACAGUAUCUAGUACAUUUUACUACACAUUAAUACUUGUAAGAUUGAACACAUGUCAUUUGUCAUCAUUUGAUGGACAGAUUCUAGCUUGAUCAGAACGCAUUCAAUCUUACCAGGAGAUUGAUUGGCUACCAGAAUAUACAUGACGUGAUCAGUAAAUUUACUUCCAGGAGAUUGAUUGGCUACCAGAAUAUACAUGUGAUCAGUAAAUUUACUUCCAGGAGAUUGAUUGGCUACCAGAAUAUACAUGUGAUCAGUAAAUUUACUUCCAGGAGAUUGAUUGGCUACCAGAAUAUACAUGUGAUCAGUAAAUUUACUUGUGUCUUAUUUCUUAUUGGGCAAUUUUUGCUCAGUUUGAAUUUGCAUGGCAUAUGAUGCCUGCAGAGAUGCUUAUACUGCCACCCACCAAGACUAACUGUGUUUUGAAAUAACAUUGGGUUAACUUUGUAAUAAAUGUAGAUUUCUGAAAUCAGAUAGAAUAAAAACCCUCUGGCAUUUUGCAUCAGUUUGUAUUUUUCACCACAUAUUUUGAAAACAAAAUUUGAUAUUUACCGGUACAUUUAAGAUUCACUAUAAAAUUAGAAUGUCUUCUAAGGGAAAUAGUUUAAGGGAGAUAACUGACCUUGUUCAUCAUUUUUAAUCAGAACUGAUUUGUCUUUCUAAAAUCUCAAAAGAUUAAUUGUUUAUAACUUAAUUGAUUCUAAGAUUGACUUGAUGUUGGUUGUUAAAGAGGUCACACCUGUGUAUUGUAUGAUGUUAUUACAAUAUUUUAGAUAAUAAAAUCAUUUUUAUGUGUA